AUGCCCAAGAAUACAUCGGCCGCGACUAUCUUCGAGUAUGAUGAUUCGGAGAGCGACAUAGUCGCUGGUAUCGAGGCCUUGACCCUUACGCCAAGAACAUUGUCCGAGUCUUCCACUAAACGCAUGUCUCUCCUCGAACAAUGGAACGAUUAUUUCCAAAAGGGCAACCUUGAAAAUUUUCAGCGACUGUGUGUCGAUCUAAGCCUUCCUGGUGAUUUGCAUAGCAAGACGAAAUGCCGACAAGCGCUCAAGGGUGUAAACGUCAACAUCAAGCAAUUUCUGGCAUGUGACGACAAACCCCAUGGAGUCACGCUUUUCAAAAGCAGAAGCGCGCUUAUGCGUUGGACGAAGAAGAACAAGGCGCUUUUCCCCAAGCGCAAAGUACCCAAUGGUAGCCCACUGUCCACCUUGUUGAAGAUUCUGAUUUACUAG